GUGAAUAUUUGGCAUCGUAGGGACGCUGGAAGGAAGCGAAAGUAGUGCCUUUAAUUAAAUAUGUGGUUGUUGUUUGAGUGUAAUUUGUGAGAACAGAUUUGAUUAGCAGUUAACGAGGUGCAUCUGGUUAGUGCCGUUCGGUUGAACUCGUUUUGUCAGUAUUUGGUGUGAAAAAGGUGACAAACUAUGAAGAGGAGUUCGGACCGGGAUACACCUCCAAGAAGCAAGAGAUCAAGAUCGAGUAUUGGGAGGUAUGACGAUAGCUCCGACGAGCGGAUUACACCAGAAAGGAUAAGAAGAAGAAGUCGCGGCAGAUCUCCAAGCCCCAGGGGUCGAUACCCCUCGGAAAGCUCACACAGAGACGAUUAUGGACGAUCAAGAGAUGUGUCCGAGAGAUCAUAUCCUAGUUAUAAGGUUUUGUGUGUUAGUGCAUUGCAUCCGAAAGCUAGUGACGACGUAAUUAAAGAUACAUUAUAUCGCGAGUAUAAAAAAUUUGGUGAACUGAGUGUAAGGAUAUCACAUGAUCUUGAUGAGCGAGUUGCAUACGUCUGCUUUAGAAGUUCAGAAGAUGCUCGUGACGCUAAGCAUAGUAAGCCUCGAAUUAUUCUUUUUGAUAAAGUGGCAUUAGUGGAACCUGUGUAUGAUAGCAGAAGUUCAAGCGAUUUAUAUAGAAGAGGACCAAGCAGGCAGAGAAGCAUUAGUCCUGAGUAUGACAGAUACUAUCAUCAGAGAUCACGAUCUCCGGGGCCAGAGAGGCACAGACAGAGUGAAAGUAGUAGGUAUGAGAGAUCAUAUGGUCCACCUCCUGGUAUUCCUCAUCGUGAAUUUCGUAGAGAAGGCCCCCCUCCACCACAUCAUGAUUUUAUGAGAGCACCAGUGCACCAUGGCCCACCUCAUAUUCCUCCGGGUCCACCACAUCAUUAUGGUCCACCAAGGCAUAUGGUUCCAGGAGGUUUCAAGCCCCAUCCCCAUUUUGAAAAAUUUGAAAACAAAAAAGAUAAAUUUCCUAACUAUUUACAUCACGUUCCUCCAGAAGAUGACCCUCUAGCCACUAGAACAUUGUUUGCUGGAAAUUUAGAGAUAAACAUAUCUGAAGAAGAGUUGCGUAGGAUAUUUGGACGUUAUGGCAUUGUGGAAGAUGUUGAUAUUAAACGUCCACCACCAGGAACAGGCAAUGCAUAUGCAUUUGUUCGCUUUCAGAAUUUGGACAUGGCACAUAGGUCGAAAGUAGAACUUUCUGGUCAGUAUAUUGGAAAGUUCCAGUGUAAAAUUGGCUAUGGUAAGGCAAAUCCAACAACUAGAAUUUGGAUUGGAGGUCUUGGUCCUUGGACAUCGAUAUCCCAGUUAGAAAGAGAAUUUGAUAGGUUUGGUGCCAUAAAGAAAAUAGACUACGUGAAAGGAGAUACAAAUGCAUAUAUCCUUUAUGAUUCUAUCGAUGCAGCUACUGCUGCUGUCAAAGAAAUGCGUGGAUUUCCCCUUGGUGGUCCAGAACACAGAUUACGUGCAGAUUUUGCCGAUGUAGUGCCUACUUACACUAAUUACAAACCUAGACCUUUUCCUGAAGAAAUACCAGCUGGGGGAGAUUUUAGGAACAGAGUUCCUGGACGUGAUGAAUUUGGAAGCUAUGAGCCUGUCUAUGAACCAUGGCCUGAAGGUGACUUUGGUUAUGGACCACCACGAGGUGGUGGCUUCAGGGGAAGAGGUAUGCCAUGGCAUGAUAGAAGGGGUGGAGGUAGGGGAGCAUUUCGUGGAGGUGGAUUCCCAGCUGAUACUUACAGUGCUGAAUGGACAGGUAGACGACCAUUACCAGAGAUAGAGUACGAAAUGCCCACUCAGCCGAGACGUGCAGGUUCUGCUGAACCAGGGGUUGACAGAUCAGGUUCCCACUCCCCACGAAGACAUUCUGUUGAGAGUGAUUCUGGUUCAGACGGUCGUAGAAAUGGAAUGCUAGGUAGUGCUCGAACAUUGCCUGAGCUUGCCAGGAAAUGUAUUGCAAUGUGGCAGGGUGCACUAAUCUUGAAAAAUUCGCUUUUCCCUGCAAAAUUUCAUUUGACUGAUGGUGACACGGAAAUUGUGACCACUUUGCUAAAAGAUGAGGAGGGGAAGAAUCAUCUCAGAAUCACACAACGCUUACGCUUAGAUCAGCCAAAACUAGAGGAUGUAUCAAAGCGAAUUUCAUCUUCAAGUUCACAUGCAAUUUUCUUAGGUUUGUCAGGAUCUACAAAUCAAGUGGCAGCUGAGGAUACUUCUGUGCAGACUAGACCGUUGAGAAACUUAGUUUCAUACUUAAAACAAAAGGAAGCUGCUGGUGUUAUAUCCCUUCUCAAUAAGGACACUGAGGCUACUGGUGUAUUGUACGCUUUUCCUCCUUGCCCAUUUUCAACCGAGUUGUUGAAACGAACAGCCCCAAAUCUUUCAGAGGAAGGACUGAAAGAAGAUCAUUUAGUUAUAGUAGUUGUAAGAGGUGGAAAUGCAUAAUGUACAACAUUACUCCAUGUAAAAGUUUGACAGUUUCAGAUCUUGCUCUUUGCUUUGGCAUAUUGUUGGUAUAUGCAUGCUGAGGCUAUCAUGAAAGAUUAUCAUUUCAUAGUAUCUUGUGCUCUAUGUAGAUCUUUCUCAAAAAAUUAAUGGCAUAUAUGUGCUCAUAUUAUGGUAUUAUUAUGUACCAUUAAGACUUAAGAACUCUGGCAGCUCAACAGUGACUGCUUAAUAUAGAAAUCAGCGUGGCUAGUGUGUUUUAAAAACAUAUUUACAAUACCGAUAUUGGUAGUGGUGGAAACAGUGCAGUACAUAGGAGCCAGAGUUGUAUUGUUGUGUAAGAGUUGACCAAGUUUCUUUUUCUUUUUUCUUUCUUUUUUUUCAUGUUCUGUUUUUUUGUAUUUGCAGCUUCUUCAGCAUAGGAUAACGUAGUUUGUAUGUUACAUGUUAAAUUGUAAUAUUAAGAUAUAUUAUUUUGUUUUACUUUUUUAAUUUUUUUUGGUUAUAUCUCUGAAUGUAUAUUUUCAAACCUUAAAUUAAAAACCUGCAAGCAAUUCUGUACACAUCUAGUAAAAUUUUGUGGUGUAAGAUGUCCAAAGGUACGGGGUAGAGACAUAAUCACUGUACGCAUAGGCUAGAUGUUGUGGUUCAUAUUAAUUAAAUUUUUGUGACAGAUUGUGGAGUGAGUAUUUGUGUGAUGUGGUAACACAAUUGAUUUGAUACAGAACUGUGCCAAGUGCUGUGAGCUGCAGUUCAGUGAGACAUUGUUGGACCCUGUAUCUUCAUCUAUCUAGUGUUUUGUGUUAGUGCAUUGUGGCAAGUGUAACAGUGAAUGUGUAAACAGUUGUUACAAUGCUCAGCUUGAAUCACGUAUUUGUCAGUGUAUUACAUUUCCUCAAAGUAAAAGUUAUGUGUAUUUCAGAGUAUGAAAGUAUGCUGUAACAUUUAACCCUGAGCAAAGUGUGAAGUGUGUGUGUGUCUGUGUGAAACCCAAGAAUGUGACAAAUAGAAUUUCUUGCAGUCCAA